AUGUUACUCGUACUUGAAGGACGUGCCAGCAAACAUAUCUUUAAAUUAUUUUAUGUUAGUUUGAAAAUAAAGAAAAUGGCGCACAUCCGACCAGCUACGUUUCUAAGCGGGCCCUCGAGAGUAUCUAGUCAUACUUUAAGCUACUAUUUCACACGAUUUAUUGUGAGCAUGCUUUUACUAGGUCUACCAAAUACAUAUGGCCAAAUAGAAGAAAUGUAUUUAGACUCUACGGAAUUGAAUAUACUCGUUGACGAGAGCCGCCUAUUCCGAAUGGUACAAAUUGGUGAACCUAACGUUACUCUUCAAAUUGCCUUACAAGUGCAGCAUCCAGACAUAGUUCAAUUCGUUCCAUCAACACUAGAUAUACCUGGUACAGCAGAACCCAAUGAUACUGUGAAGAUCACACACGAUAUCAUGGCUUACGGCAAAAGCCCAGGACACUCCGACGUUACAUUCAAUUCUACGCCAGUUGGAUCAGUCAACCUCAGUUCAGUGUUCCUACGUAUCACAGUCAUGCACUCCAACACAAUAAAUGUUAUCUCCUACAUAAUGGGAUGGAUCUACUUUGCAGCUUGGUCUGUGUCUUUCUACCCUCAAAUUUAUAUAAACUUUAAACGUAAAAGCGUUGUUGGGCUUAACUUCGACUUCCUUGCGCUCAAUAUCAUGGGUUUCACCAUGUAUUCAUUGUUUAACUGCGGACUUUAUUUCUCAAAGGCGAUCCAGAGCGAGUACCAAAGUAGGCAUCCUCGUAGCAUGAAUCCCGUACAGCUCAACGAUGUAUUCUUUUCUCUGCACGCCUCUUUCGCUACGCUAAUUACCAUCACGCAAUGCUUCUUAUACGAGCGUGAAGAUCAGCGCGUGUCGAUGACAGGGCGAAGUAUACUUGGUGGGUUUCUGGCCAUCGUUAUAGUUACGGCCGGUUUAGGGGCUGGUGGGAAGAUCGAGUGGCUCGACUUCUUGUACGGCUGCAGUUACAUCAAACUCUGCAUUACUCUCAUCAAAUACAUGCCGCAGGCAUACAUGAACUAUAAGAGAAAGUCGACCAUCGGUUGGAGCAUCGGCAACAUUUUCCUCGACUUCGUUGGAGGUUCCCUCUCCAUCCUGCAGAUGGCGCUGAACGCAUACAACUACAACGACUGGAUCUCGUUCUUCGGAGAUGCUACCAAGUUCGGUCUCGGUCUUUUCAGUCUCGUCUUUGAUAUAUUCUUCAUGUUGCAACACUAUGUCUUCUACAGGCACGCCGAUGAAAAGAAAUAUGAUUUGAACAUUAAAGCGUGA